CGAAAUCUGAUUGGCCGAUAAGUUAAUCAUCCAAACGGAACACAAUGCAGAGAUCUAUCUGAGUCCCCAUGACAUAAAGUUGUUAAAAGAUUUCGCACUCACUGAGUUGCUAUAAGAUGAAGCUACACAAAGGAAAACCGCUCAGUCUUACAGAGACCAGAUUGCCUAAAGAUCUACGCUUGAAUCGCGCCAAAUUUCCUCUCUAGAGGAAACAACUUCGCAUCGCAACGGCCUUGACAAAUUCUCUUAAUAUACCGCAAAUCUACUGCGAUGCCGAGAGCUUUUCUGCUGAAAAGAGAUUUUGAUGAUGGUAAUUAUUUCAGUGAGGAAAAAAUACUUUUCAUCCAUCAAGGUCAGUUCUGCAUUAUAUACUUCUAUUUUCUGAAUCCAAAUCAUUUUAAGUAUUUGCUAGAAUGCGUUAAUUCGAAUUGUCUCAAAAUUCAGAGCGUCUCUAUGUAAACAUGUCAUAGGCCACUUUCAUGUUAGAGCUGUGUGUUCAUUUUAACAUUUUAGUAGAAGUAUCAUGCAUGUCGCGUUUUUAAUUCGCAGAUGGGGAAAAGUCGACGAGCAAAGAUUUCUCAGACGUCAGACGAAGCAAGCGGCCGGGCGGGCCGACAAAGAUAAAGAAAGAAGAUGCCGAAGAGGAGUUGCUUAAUGCGUUUCAGAAGAAAAAGAAAUUAUCUUAUCCAGCCGAUGUCCGAAUUGACAGGCGCGUAAAUGAUAUCGGAAAGAUUUUGAGGUUUGCAGAUGAUUUCAUUAAUAAUGAAAAGAAAAUGUCGGAGAAAGAUGCUCAAAAAAGCAGCCUUAGUGAAAUUUCAUUGAUAGCCGAACACAGAAUUCUCCAGGGAAACGAAUUGUUUCAAAAUUCAGGAACAGGUGGAUUCGAAUCGAGUAAAAAAGCUAACUCAUCUUCGGGCGAUUUGAAACGGGUGACACCUUCCACGAAUAGAAAAUUCCCUCCUAUGAAUAAAGCAAAUGAGCUGAAUGGCACAGGCGCGAAGAAUCGCUCAGACAAAACUGUCCACAAAUGCAAUCAGUGUGGCAAAGUUUUCAAGACCAAGUACACUCUGUCAAUCCACUUAAAAAUGCCCGAUCACACUAAGAGCCGACCGUUUGUGUGUAACGUCUGCGGAAAAGGGUUUCGCCUAUCGAGUACCCUCUGCCGGCAUAAGAUCAUCCACACCGAGAAAAAACCGCAUAAAUGUGACGAAUGUGGGAAAAGCUUCAACCGGUCGUCCACCCUCAAAACGCAUCUGCGAACACAUAGUGACAAGAAGGCCUUCAUCUGCGACAUCUGCGGCAAGGGCUUUCACCAGAAGGGUAAUCUGCGUAAUCACAUCAUGAUUCACACGGGAGAAAAGCCGUUCCGAUGCAACCAGUGUAAUCGAGCCUUUAACAAGAUGUCCAAUCUGAAAUUCCAUAUGCACACCCAUUCAGAUAAUUUGCCAUUUCACUGUAGGACUUGCCGCAAACGUUUCUCGAAAAAGACAGACUUAAAAGAACACCUUGAACAAGCGCAUUGA